AGACUUAUUAUGACGGUUGACUCAUUGAAUGGGCUUAAAUCUAAACAAAACUAUGCCAGCGCUCGCAAAAUUCCGUUUGAUUUGGGAAAGAAAAUGCCUCCGGCGAAGAAGGGGAAAACUAAAGCGCCGAAAGCUACUGAAUCAAUUCAAUCCUCCGUCAAAACCAACAAUUACCCAUCUUGUCUUCGCUCUGUUUCUCCUUCUUCCGUCGCCAUUACCAUCCACGCAAAGCCUGGCUCCAAGAUCGCCUCUAUCACAGACUUUGGCGAUGAUGCGUUGGGAGUACAAAUCGACGCACCGGCCAAAGAUGGAGAAGCUAAUGCUGCACUUCUUGAUUACAUGAGCUCUGUUUUAGGUGUCAAAAGAAGACAAGUAUCCAUAGGUUCUGGCUCCAAAUCAAGAGGCAAGGUUGUGAUCGUGGAGGAGGUAAGCUUGCAAAGUGUUUUUGAUGCUUUGAAUAAAGCUUUAACAUGUGAGUGAUUCUAUGGGCUCUUUGGAAGUUCACACCCUUUAACAGAAUAUCAGCAAUACUGUAAUAAGUAUAUAGGUGGAUUACCUUCUACCUUGCUGCCAGAACAUUCAAAGUUAUACAGCUAAAUGUAACUCUUGUAUGUUUUCAUUUGUCUCAAACCUCAACAAUAGUUUACGUGCUGUAUAUUUGUAGAGUUUCAACUUUAUGGUAGUGAGCCAAAAUAUCUUAACUUGACUGCAAA